UUGACCGGGGUGACAUCGAUCGAAAUAAACUAUACUAACAUUCGAACUUUACUAUCGAAAGUAAGCUAAUUUCGUAAAUUGUGUUCUAGUGAAACAAAGUAAAAGAAUACGAUCAUUUUCACUGGUAUUACACGCUACAUUCACUUAUCACAAUGCCACCUGAUUCUAAAAGAGAAGAAUUCAGAAAAUAUCUGGAAAGAGCAGGCGUUAUGGAUGCUCUUACAAAAGUGCUUGUGUCUUUAUACGAAGAACCAGAAAAGCCUGAUGAUGCUUUAGAAUAUAUUCAUCAAAAUUUAGGAGGUAUCACGGAAGUUGACAUGGAAGUACAAACAUUAAAGAAAGACCUGGAAGAAGCUAAAGCCAAGAUCACAGAGUUAAAGGCAAAAUUGGUGAAAUAUGAAGCAGACGAAGGAGCAGAAUAAUUUAACCACAAAGUUUUAGACAAUAAUAGAAUACUAGUCCGUACUGGACAUUGACUUUCGCAGAAAGUCAGACUGACUAUGUGCCUUAAAAUAGAUAUAGAAAAUCACUUUCUAAGACAAUUUAAAACAUAAGAUAAAUUAAGUUUCACUCUUGCAAAUUCCAUUAGUCAUAAGUCUAUUUAUUAAUCAUGUUCAUAAAGGUAUAUAGUGAUACUUUAUAUUUUUUUUUUAACCAAAUUAAAUGUAGUUACAAAGAACAUAGUUCAUAAUCAAAGUAUACAAGCAGGAUGAUAAAUUAGAAAGUAAUAUUCAAAUUAAAUUUUGAUUUAUGUGAUAUUUCAAAUAAUAAACGUAAUGUAUUAUUUUGUUUUUUUAUAAAAGUUGUAUAUUUUGUUGCAAAAGUAUUAAAAUAUAAAUUUAAUUAAGUAUAAUAUAAUAAAUAUGGUAAUAGAUCUUUCUGUAAGUACACAAAACAACAUUAUUAAGUUAGAAUUCAGAUGUAUUUGUGACAAUAUACAUAAAUAUUGGUGUAUCUAGCUUAUAA